UUUAACCAAACAUCUAUACUACACAUAAAUACUUCAAUCUCCCAGAUACUACACCAUCUACUCACGCUCAGCAUCACACAACCACCAAAUACCCAUCCUCCACAACAACCCACCACACCAACCAACCCCCCAAUCCUCCCAGAACAAUGCCCACCUACACCCCCCAACCCCUCUACGGAGGCGCCAUCCAAGGCAUCAUCCCCGAAGGCUGGAUCGACGCGAGCACCCUCCGCGAAAUCCCCGACCACCAAGAACUCUACCUCUCCCCGACCACGCUCUCCUCCCUCAUCAUCGAGCUCAACCAACCCGUCCCCAACCCCGUCGCCCAAGCCACCCUGCACGCCCACCCGCGCCUCCUUUCCGGUACCAGCCCCCAACCCGGCCACGCCCCCGACCAAGAAGCCCUCAACCGCGCCGCCGCCCUCCACCACCUCCUCGACAUCUGCGAUCCCGCCGACACGCUGGCCAUCCUCCAGCCUCCCGCCCGGGUGGCACUCCCCCGGUUUGCCGGGGAGGUGGCUGCUUAUGCGGGGCGGGUGGGGUUUUCUUCCCCUCUGGGCGGCGGGAGGGCUUCACUGCAACAACAACAACAACGACGCCCACAACAGCAGAGGGUGGUGGCGGGAGCACCAGAAGCAGGGGCUGGGGCUGGGUCGAGUGAGGACCAGGCAGGCACAGGCACGACGACAACGCAGUGCUGGUUUUUGUUGGUGCGGCUGGUGGAGCAGGAGACGGAUCUGUUGGUGUUGGUCAAUGUUCCCGAGAAGGAGUUUGUGGAGAGGGGGGAUGCCGCGGGGUUGAGGAGGGAAAUUGAGGUGGGCGAGGGGGUCGUGGCCGAGUUGGUGCGCGGGUUGGAGGUGGUGGAGUGGGGGCUUUUUGCUUGAUUUAUCUCCCCUCCUCAUCUUUUUAUCUUAAGAUGAAGGGGAAAGGGGAAGGUCGAGGGUGAAGUGGAUGGGGAUGGGAUUUGGAUCUUGGAUCUUAUGGUGAUCGGGAUGAGGGUGGAAUGUACUGGAUGCGGGGAAUGACAGGACUGAAGGAUAAGGAAAGAAGGAAGCAUCAUUGUUUAUGCAUACAAAUAGUUUAGCGGCGCGAUUGUCGCGUGUAUAGAUAGAUAGAUAGAUAGAUACCUAGGUUAGUUAUGAAUUGAGUCAAUCCGAC